AUGGCGACACUCACUCCCGAGACGGUGCGUCGGGCGACGGUCCAGCGCGACACGAACGAAACCAAAAUCAAAAUAGCGCUUGCGCUGGAUGUGCACCCCGAAAUCGCGCCGCAAAAGAUCCACGUCGCGACCGGCAUUGGCUUUUUGGACCAUAUGUUCCAUGCGCUUGCAAAGCACGGCGGCAUGUCGCUCGAAAUGGAGUGUACUGGCGACCUGUGGAUUGACGACCAUCACACCGCAGAAGACUGUGCGAUUGCGCUCGGCGCAGCAUUCAAGCAGGCGCUAGGCCCGAUCAAGGGUGUGCGCCGCUACGGCACGGGUUUUGCGCCGCUUGACGAGGCGCUCGCGCGCUGCGUCGUGGAUUUGUCUUCGCGGCCAUACAGCCACUGCGAGCUCGGGCUUGUGCGCGAAAAGGUUGGCGAUCUCAGCUGCGAGAUGGUCCCGCACAUUUUCUACAGUUUCGCCAUGGCGUCUGGCGUGACGAUCCACGUUGACCUGUUGCACGGGGAGAACGACCACCACAAGAUCGAGUGUGCAUUUAAGGCUACUGCACUGGCGCUGCGCGAAGCGCUGACACGCACGGGCUUUGACGAGGUGCCCAGCACAAAAGGUGUUCUAUAG